AUGUCGAGGUUGCCGUCAGAUGAUAUUUUGGCGAGCAGCCCGCUGGCGACAUUAAGAUGUGUUUUAGUAAAACGGCGACAGAAGCUGGAGGUCAUCCGUUGCUACCGCUGUCUCAACUUUGGCCACAGGGCAGCGAGCUGCAAGGGUUCUGAUCGGACCAAAGCAUGCUGGAGGUGCGGGGCGGAGGGUCACAAGUCUGCAAAGUGUGUCAGCGCUCCCUUGGGCUUCCUCUGCUCUGCACGAAGUGAGAAGCCCCGGUCUAACCAUCUGCUGGCCGACGAGCCCGUUGCGCGACAUAGUCGCGCUACUGACAACGAUGUGCACAUCAUGGCUGGACUGGUUCAAGAAAGGGCUAUUCCGAAAAGAAGCCCAGAAGAAGACAAAGUUGGCACAAGAAAUUAG